AUGAAGCUCGGGUGGUUGGAAGCUGUCGUCCUGACGGCGUCAGUCGCCGGUGCCAAAGACUUGGCGUACUCUCCCCCUUACUACCCUUCACCUUGGUCGACUGGCGCGGGUGAAUGGGCCGAAGCACACAGACGCGCUGUUGAGUUCGUGUCAAACCUGACGCUCGCGGAGAAGGUGAACUUGACCACCGGUGCUGGUUGGGAACAAGAACGAUGCGUCGGUGAGACCGGUGGUAUUCCCAGACUUGGAAUGUGGGGAAUGUGUAUGCAGGACUCGCCUCUCGGCGUUCGUGACGCUGAUUACAACUCGGGUUUCCCCGCCGGUAUCAACGUUGCUGCGACCUGGGACAAGAGACUCGCCUACCAGCGUGGUAUGGCGAUGGGCGAGGAGCACCGCGACAAGGGCGUGGAUGUCCAGCUGGGCCCCGUUGCUGGUCCGCUGGGCAAGAACCCCGACGGUGGCCGUGUCUGGGAAGGAUUUUCUCCGGAUCCCGUUCUCACCGGUAUGAUGAUGGCGGAGACUAUCAAGGGUAUGCAAGAUGCUGGUGUUAUUGCUUGUGCCAAGCACUAUGUCGGUUACGAGCAGGAGCACUUCCGUCAGGCCAGCGAGGCUCAGGGCUACGGAUACAAUAUCACCCAGAGUCUCAGCUCCAACAUUGACGACAAGACCAUGCACGAGCUCUACCUCUGGCCCUUCGUCGACUCGGUCCGUGCCGGUGUCGGCUCCAUCAUGUGCUCCUACAACCAGAUCAACAACAGCUACGGUUGCUCCAACAGUUACACCAUGAACAAGCUCCUCAAGAGCGAGCUUGGCUUCCAGGGCUUCGUCAUGAGUGACUGGGGUGCUCACCACAGCGGUGUUGGCGAUGCUCUGGCGGGUCUGGAUAUGUCUAUGCCCGGUGAUGUUCUCCUAGGUAGCCCGUACUCGUACUGGGGUACCAACCUGACCAUCUCCGUGCUGAACGGUACUAUUCCCGAAUGGCGCGUGGAUGACAUGGCUGUCCGUAUCAUGGCCGCCUACUACAAGGUUGGCCGUGACCGUUACCGCACUCCUCCCAACUUCAGCUCCUGGACCCGCGACGUGUACGGCUACGAGCAUUUCAUUGUCAGCGAGGACUACACCAAGCUCAACGACCGUGUCAACGUCCAGCGCGACCACGCUGACGUGAUCCGCAAAAUUGGUUCUGAUAGCAUUGUCCUCCUGAAGAACUGCGGUGGUCUGCCCCUGACUCACCAAGAGCCGUUCGUUGGAAUCCUCGGCGAGGAUGCUGGAUCUAACCCCUACGGUGCAAACGGCUGCACUGACCGCGGUUGUGACAACGGUACUCUGGCUAUGGGCUGGGGCAGUGGCACUGCCAAUUUCCCUUACCUAAUCACUCCUGAACAGGCUAUCCAGAAUGAGGUUUUGACCUACAGCGCUGGCAAGACCAAUGUCUUUUCCGUUACCGACAACGGAGCCCUGGACCAGAUGGCUGAUGUGGCUUCUCAAUCCGCCGUCGCCCUGGUCUUCGUCAACGCUGACUCUGGUGAGGGUUACAUCGAUGUCGACGGCAAUGAGGGUGACCGCAAGAACAUGACUCUCUGGAAGAACGGCGAGCAGGUUAUCAAGACUGCUACCGAGAACUGCAACAACACCAUCGUCAUCAUGCACACCCCGAGUGCUGUUCUCAUCGGCGACUGGUACGAGAACCCCAACAUCACUGCCAUUCUCUGGGCUGGUCUGCCUGGUCAGGAAAGCGGCCGCAGCUUGGUUGAUGUCCUGUAUGGCCGUGUCAACCCCGGUGGCAAAACUCCCUUUACCUGGGGCAAGACCCGCAAGGCUUAUGGUCAGGCUAUUCUCACUGAGCCCAACAAUGGCGUGGGUGCCCCCCAAGACGACUUCACCGAUGGUGUCUUCAUUGACUACCGCCGCUUUGACAAGGAUGACGAGGAGCCCAUCUAUGAGUUCGGUCACGGUCUGAGUUACACCAAUUUCGAAUUCUCCGACCUUGAAAUCACCACAUUGAACGCCGAUAAAUACACUGCCACCACUGGCAAGACCAUGAAGGCCCCUGUGCUCGGCAAGGUCGGCCAGGCUUCCGACUAUCUGUUCCCCAGUGGUAUCAAACGCGUCACCCAGUAUCUCUACCCGUGGCUCAACUCGACAAACCUGAAGAAGUCCUCCGGCGACCCUGACUACGGCAUGAAGACCGAGGAUUACGUCCCUGACGGGGCCCAGAACGGCUCUCCCCAGGAGCUCCUGCCGGCUAGCGGACCCUCGGGCGGCAACUCUGGUCUCUUCGACGAGCUGAUCCAGGUCCGCGCUACCAUUAAAAACACUGGCUCCGUUAUCGGCGACGAAGUCCCCCAGCUCUACGUAUCCCUCGGUGGUGAGGAUAACCCCGUUCGGGUUCUCCGUGCCUUUGAUCGUGUCACGAUCGCUCCUGGCCAGGAGCUCGAGUGGACCUCCACCCUCACCCGCCGCGAUCUCUCUAACUGGGAUGUUUCUGCGCAGGACUGGGUUGUCAGCAACGCCCAGAAGAAGGUGUACAUCGGUAGCUCAUCGCGCAAGCUGCCCCUUUCGGCCGACCUGCCCUCGGUGCAGUAA